AUGAGUGAAAUCGUACACGCAACUAUCAAGGAUGGCUGGUUCCGCGAGAUCUCGGACAUGUGGCCCGGCCAGGCGAUGACUUUGAAGGUCAACAAGGUCCUGCACCACGAGAAAUCUCAAUACCAGGACGUCUUGAUCUUUGAGAGCAGUGACUAUGGCAAUGUUUUGGUCCUGGACAACGUCAUCCAGUGCACCGAGCGUGACGAGUUCGCCUACCAAGAGAUGAUCACUCACUUGGCCAUGAACUCUCACCCCAACCCCAAGAAAGUUCUUGUCAUCGGUGGUGGUGACGGGGGUGUCCUCCGUGAGGUUGUCAAGCACGAAUGUGUUGAGGAGGCUAUCCUCUGCGACAUUGACGAGGCUGUCAUUCGUCUCUCCAAGCAGUACCUUCCCCACAUGGCCGAGGGAUUCAAGCACCCCAAGAGCAAGGUCCACGUCGGCGAUGGGUUCAAGUUUCUCGAAGACUACAAGAACGAAUUCGACGUCAUUAUCACCGACUCCUCUGACCCAGAAGGUCCCGCCGAGUCUUUGUUCCAAAAGCCCUACUUUGAGCUUUUGUUUGGUGCUUUGAAGGAGGGUGGUGUUAUCACCACGCAAGGUUCCGAGAACCAAUGGCUUCACUUGAAGCUCAUCACCGAACUUAAGAAGUCUUGCCGCGAGGUCUUCCCCGUUGUCGAGUACGCCUACACCACUAUCCCAACAUACCCCUCUGGGCAGAUUGGUUUCAUGGUUUGUACCAAAGAUGCAACCAGGAACGUUAAGAAGCCGGUUAGGACCCAGACCGAUGAGGAGGAGCAGAAGCUCUUCAGGUACUACAACAAGCACAUUCAUGAGGCCAGCUUUGUUUUGCCUACUUUUGCUGCCCUUGCUUUGAAAUAG